AUGCCAGUGUUGUCAUCAGGACGGGAUCCACACAGGAUUCAGUUGAAGAAUGUCACUGAAGUCACCACGUUUACAUUGCUGGGCUUCACAGAUGAUUUUGAGAUGCAAGUCUACCUCUUUCUACUAUUUCUUGCAAUCUAUAUUUUUACUUUGGUAGGAAAUUUGGGACUGGUUUUAUUAGUGAUGGUAGAUUCUAGACUCCACAACCCCAUGUACUAUUUUCUGAGUGUAUUAUCUGUCUUAGAUGCCUGCUAUUCUUCAGUUGUCACCCCUAAAAUGUUGGUCAAUUUCCUGACAGAGAAUAAAGACAUUUCAUUCCUGGGAUGUGCUACACAGAUGCUGUUCUUUGUCACUUUUGGGACCACGGAAUGCUUCCUCUUGGCAGCCAUGGCAUAUGAUCGCUACCUAGCAAUCUACAACCCACUGCUCUAUUCAGUUAACAUGACCCCCAGAGUCUAUGUGUCACUCAUCACUGUUUCUUAUGUUGCUGGUAUCAUGCAUGGUUCUUUACACACUGUAGUAACGUUUAGCCUUUCCUUCUGUGCAUCUAAUGAGAUUAGACAUGUCUUUUGUGAUAUGCCUGCACUCCUUGCUCUCUCCUGUUCUGACACUCACAUCAACCAGCUUCUACUCUUCUACGUUAUAGGUGGUAUUGAAAUAGUCACUAUCCUGAUUGUUCUGAUCUCCUAUGGUUUCAUUUUCUUGGCCAUUCUAAGGAUGAGUUCUGCUGAUGGGAGGAGAAAAGUUUUCUCCACUUGUGGCUCUCACCUCACUGGAGUGUCAAUUUACCAUGGAACAAUCCUGUUCAUGUAUGUGAGGCCAAAUUCCACCUAUGCUUUGGACCAUGACAUGAUCGCGUCUGUAUUUUACACCAUUGUGAUUCCCAUGCUGAAUCCCAUCAUCUACAGCUUGAGAAACAAGGAUGUGAAAGAAGCAAUGAAAAAACUGGUUGAGAGUAAUCGGUUCAUAAAUAGACUGCAUUUUUAG